ACAGGCACAUGCCCUGCUAGAUAGGGGUGCAGUGGUCUGCAUGCCAUCACAUAAUGCCCAGCACUGUGCCCCCAUCCUGGCACACUCCUCAUGAGCCUGCUGCCUAUAAUCCUCCUGAUUGGGAUCUGCAUUGUGAAGACAAAGACUAGGAGGGGAUCUCAUGGUCUGUCAUUACUGUAAUCUCGCUGGAGGGAGGGGAGACAUUACUACUCCGUGCAGCAGAGAGGAGGGGGGGAUUAGAGGAAUGGGGAUCCUCCAGGCUGAUCUCAUCUCACCAGGAGCCACCCUGCAGCACCACGGGGACAGGUUCUGUCUAGGACAAGGUGCCACAGAAGAGGAGGCUGCCCACUGACAGAGGCCACAGUGAAUAACUGGAAAACCAAAAUGUACAGUAUAUUAAAAUCAACUAAGAGAGCCAAAUCUGAUACACUGAAAUAUAUGCAAUGAACGCUCUAUUUGAAAGCUGCUUAACUUCUGAAGGGAAUUAUAUCUGUCCUGCAAGUGUCACCUUAAAGAUAAUCAAAUGUGACUCAUUCCUGUGAGAUUUCUGCAGCUGAAGGAUUGCACGUACAACAUCCAUUGACGUCUAGUCAGCGGUGCUGAGCCUAGGAGAUACUAGAUACUCUUAGAUAAAAAAAAAUCCCCCAUUUACCAGUUAUGUGGACUAAAGUUGAGCCACUGUCCUAAAUGUGAAGAAUGGGCCGAACAUGAUUAGUAAACUGUGAACUGCAAUUUUAGAUAUUCUGUUUUUUAAGGUAUUUUCUGGAGAAUAAUUAUUUUUCAGUAACACUAAAUACAGACAACAGAGCUAACUCUUUUUAUUGGAACUGGAUAGUAAAACAAUUACAAGAAUCCUUUCUGAGCAAACAUUGGAGGUUGAACAUAGCAAGAAGUUCAAGAGUUCAGUUUUAUGUGGUGCAGUCCUGACACACCUCUCAGCUCUCAGAAUCAAGAUCAGCAGUGUGUGAAAGGCGCAGUGUUGAAACAAACCGUAUCUGGUGUAAUGCCAGAAAAACAGCAGUGACACAAGAAAAUCAACAGCAAAAGCUCCAAGGUUAUGUGACAGCAGUCUGCAGAAACCACGAAUAUGGAUACUGCCUUGUCUAUUGCUCCUUACCCCAGUGACUUGAAGGUAAAUGAUGGAAGCAAAGGGACCUCUACAAGGAGGACAUGUGAGUACAGUGUGGCCCCUGGAGAUGGGUUGGAGGCAAGCUCUGAAAAACAUGCACACGGCAGUGAAAAAGACUGCUUACCCCACACCAAUGGUGGCUACAGUCUUGAGUCUGACACUGUUGUACAGCCUAUGCUUAGUUUGGAAAUUUCUAGGCAAGUAACCUCUAAUGAUGCUGAGGACAUAUCAGUCUCUGAACCACUGAGUGAAGGUAGCAUGGCACUGAGUGGAAGUCAGUGGGAUAUGAACAAUGUGUCGGAAUUGGAAGAGGAUGGUGAAGAAAGAAGUUUAUCCGAAUCCAUCUCAAUCAGUGAAUAUCUACAAGCUCAAACAAGACAAUCUAAUGCAGAUUUUGGAAUCAAUAAAACUGAAGGGAAUCUGGAGAGAAAUAUUUUAACUGGUAACACUGAAACCCCUGGUGAACCAGACCUGGUGAUUGAGGUGACUGGGGGGCAAAGGAUUAAAGCACAUAAGUCCAUUUUGGCUGAGAAGAGUGAUUAUUUCAGGGCCCGAUCAUCAAGAGACAUUCUUAAAAUUAAGGGUGUAAGUUACCAGACUUUACAGCUGCUCGUGGAUUAUAUUUACAGCUCAAAACUGGAAGUGAAGCAAGAAAAUGUGGUGGAGGUGAUCAGUGGGGCAAAGUUCCUGCAGAUCCCAUGUGCCGUGCAGUGUGCCAUGGACAGUAUGAGGUCCCAGAUAUCACUCAAGAACUGCUAUCAGGUGCUCUAUAUUGCAAAAAAGCAAAGACUAAAUGAGCUCAAGGAAGCUGCUUACAAAUUUAUGAGCGACCAUUUUCUACAGGUUCUUAGAGACCCAAAUGUCUAUGGCAGACUGACAGGUGCAGAAAGAGACUUAAUUUUACAACGUAGAAUGGAUGGAAAGCAGUGUUUGGUGGUGGCCGAAAUUAAUGAUGCUUUUGAACGAAUGAGCAGUAGUAGUAGACCUCAAAGCCGAGAGAGCAGUAGACCACAGAGCCCUUCAUCAGUUUUUUCCAUUGAAGAUGAUGGAACUACUUAUCAGGUCCAUUGCUUCACCGAAUCCACAAGGGGAUGGCGGUCCUUGACAAAGAUUCCAGAGGAGGCAAACACUAAAGGUUGUGGAGUAUGUGUUCUGUAUAACUAUUUGUUCAUUGCUGGGGGAAUUAAAGGUAGCGGUGAAAAAGCAAAACUUUCUGACCAAGUAUUUUGCUACAACCCUUUGACUGACACCUGGGAUAAGGUCCGAUCACUCUCCCAACCACGAUCACAGUUGAAACUUAUUGCUCUAGAUGGUUAUUUAUAUGCUAUUGGUGGAGAGUGCCUAUUCACAGUGGAAAAAUAUGACCCCCGUCUUGACCGUUGGAGCUCAGUAGCUUCAUUACCUAAGGGUGCUUUUGCUGUGGCCCAUGAAGCUACAACAUGUAAUGGUGAGAUAUAUGUAUCAGGUGGGACUCUUUUUUACCGUCUACUCAAAUAUGAUCCCAAACAUAAUGAAUGGCAAGAAUGCCCUUACAAUAACAGCCGCCGAAGGUCUGCUGGUAUGGUAUCCCACAAAGGCUGCAUAUACCGAUUUGAUAUCAGUCGUGAGCAUGGCCUUAGUGUUUUCACCUAUAAUUCAAUGGCCAGGCACUGGAGUGAUGGGGUCAACCUACAUCCUGGUCCAGGGCCACCUCCUCCCAGUUUGCCAUUUCGCUGCACAGUCAUGGGGGGCAACAUCUAUUGCUUGAACAGAGCUGUAACACUAGGAGUGCCACUGCCACCAGAAGGAACUGGAGGAGAAAUGGGUAGUUGUCAGCUUGAGCUCUUUCCCUCACCAGAAGAAGCAAAAGGGGUCCUAUUUCCGUUUGUUCUCUAUUUGCCUGAGAAUAGAUCCUACCAUUAAGACCAAGACUAUACUGCGUAUGUGUCUUGCUUUAUUGGCAUGUUUUUAAAUGUCUGUCUGUAUCAUUGAACACAUUAAUGCCAGGUUUACAGUAUUUCCUGCAAUGCAUGCCUAUCAGUGUACAAAGAUCAUGAAUACACAUAUAUGCAUUAUUGGAGAUUCCCUAGAACCAGCCUACAGACCUUUACCAAGACGAAUUUUGCAUGUGUUAGUUAUUGUUAUGUAUUUACAGUCUAAUGAACCUUGUGAUGGGGACGUUUGAUAUGGUCAAGAAAACAAUAAAUGGAGAUAAACUAACCUGGAUUUUAAGAAUAGCUGCUAAAAUCUAGAGCCAAGUGUUAAAAGAAACUAUUAUACACUUCAGUUAUUACCAUAUGCUCUAGUGAUGAUAUCACUGUUGACAUUGGAGCGUAGAUGGGAAACAAUGGUGUGAUCAAUGAUAACCAUUUAGAUGAUAGCCUUUGUUUUCCCAAACCUAUAGAAUGACAGUGCCAGUAACAACAUUACUGCUCUUAUAUGUGCUACUAUGUUCAUAACCCUCAAUAUUAUUAUUUGUAUAAUGUGAUGACACUGUGGGUCACAAAUACAAACUACUGCAAAUUGAAUGUAUGUCUAUGACAACCAGACAACAGCAUCCCUUAUCCCCGUAACAGGACCCCUACCUUCCAUGUGCCGUUUAUAUGCUUGGUAUUUUCAUGAUUUUUGGGCCCACCUUAAAGUGGCACUGUGCUUUAGGAAAACCUUUGAUAUGUUAUUGUGCAAGUGCUCAGACCCCCGCUGAUAGAGGAAAGAGAAGCAAUCAUUCAACUGCUGUUCAACCAUCAACCUUCUUCUGUCUAAGGGUACGACCAUACAUUCAGGUUUCUGCACGCAGUUUUGGAAGCCAAAAUCAGGAGUGGAUCAUAAAAGGAGAGAAAGUAUAAAGGACAAAUAGACGUCUCAUUUUUGGUUUUAGCUUCCAAAACUGCAUCAAGUAACCUGACUGUGUGGUCGUACCUUAAUGUGUAUAGCCACCUUUAGGCACCAGGGUCCUACUGCUACCUUUUCACUCCUUAUUACUGUGCUCCUAUUCUAGCUAUUUCUCAAUUACUAUGGGCUGCACCACAGUUUU